AAUGUAUCUCUGUCCACGUUGGCCAAGCCGGAUGUCAGAUUGGCAAUGCAUGCUGGGAAUUGUACUGUCUGGAGCACGGCAUCCAGCCUGAUGGAUAUCUUCCAAAUGGGAAAGACUCCUCCUCCUCCUCAAGGUCGACCGAUGAGGCCUUCAACACCUUCUUCAGCGAGACAGGAUCAGGAAAGCAUGUUCCUCGUGCCAUCUUCGUCGAUCUCGAGCCGACCGUCAUCGACGAGGUUCGAACCGGUACCUACCGUCAGCUCUUCCACCCCGAGCAGCUGAUCACCGGCAAGGAGGAUGCUGCCAACAACUACGCCCGUGGUCACUACACCGUCGGCAAGGAGAUCGUAGACCAGGUCUUGGAUAAGAUCAGGAAAUUGGCUGACCAAUGUACAGGUCUUCAGGGAUUCCUCAUCUUCCACAGCUUCGGUGGUGGUACCGGCUCAGGAUUCUCCUCUCUUCUUAUGGAGCGUCUCUCCGUCGAUUACGGGAAGAAAUCCAAGUUGGAAUUCGCCAUUUACCCCGCGCCCCAGGUAUCUACUGCCGUGGUGGAGCCCUAUAAUUCUGUUCUCACCACCCACACCACCCUUGAGCACUCUGAUUGUGCAUUCAUGGUCGACAACGAGGCCAUCUAUGAUAUCUGCCGUCGAAACCUCGACAUUGAGCGUCCCACCUACACUAACCUGAAUCGUCUGAUCGGCCAGAUUGUCUCAUCCAUAACCGCAUCGCUUCGAUUCGACGGCGCCCUCAACGUUGACCUAACAGAGUUCCAGACCAACUUGGUUCCCUACCCAAGGAUUCAUUUCCCACUGGCUACGUAUGCUCCUGUAAUCUCUGCUGAGAAAGCCUACCACGAGCAACUGAGCGUUUCCGAGAUCACUAACUCUCUGUUCGAACCCGUCAACCAGAUGGUGAAAUGUGACCCGCGUCAUGGCAAGUAUAUGGCCUGCUGUCUCCUGUACCGGGGUGAUGUCGUCCCCAAGGAUGUCAAUGCUGCCAUCGCGCACAUCAAGACCAAACGUUCUAUCCAGUUCGUCGAUUGGUGCCCCACUGGCUUCAAGGUCGGUAUCAACUACCAACCACCUACAGUCGUACCCGGUGGCGACUUGGCCAAGGUGCAACGUGCCGUCUGCAUGUUGAGCAACACCACAGCCAUUGCUGAAGCCUGGGCCCGUCUCGACCACAAGUUCGAUCUGAUGUACGCCAAGCGUGCCUUCGUCCAUUGGUACGUCGGAGAGGGUAUGGAGGAAGGAGAGUUCUCUGAGGCUCGUGAGGAUCUGGCUGCUCUCGAGAAGGACUACGAAGAAGUUGGUGUUGACUCUGUCGACGAUGACGCAGCCGACGAAGAUGACCAAGACGAGUACUAACUUCACUUGAAGAACUUUAAUUUAAAGAAGAACUAGAACUCUAUAAUAAGAGCUAAGAAUAAUAAUUUCAUCUUGUACUUGAAAACAUUCACUGAGACUUUGUUUCGUCAAGCUUUUGGAGUGAACUUUGUUUCUAUGAGCUCCCAUAUUGCAACAUACUGAACUUAUUCCUUUUCCUAUGAUCUCUCUUUUUUUGCAGAGAUUUGAAGAGGAAAAAAGUAGUUAUGUUAACUACUUCAACCAUCUUGCAAUAAACUAUUGUACGAAGAUUAUUUUUACGGAAUUGCUCAGUAUUAUUUUAUUCUCGAAUCGGAAAUAUCACCUCAAUUCUUAGUUUUGUUAAUGAAUAAAUGUACACUGGUAUAUCGAUAAUAUUCCACCAGGAAAUAACUAUACAUUAACAUAUUCAUGAUCUUAAAAAACAUAGAACAGGAAUGAUUGAAAUAAUUAAAGCCCUUGACGGAAAUACAACCAACAGCUCACUUCCCGCUACGUGAAUCUUCCGUUCUGCAAAACCCUUCCUCAUUUUUGUUUAAAUGCAACAUACAGGGAGUGGGUGUCGUUGCAUUGCUCUGCCAGAAAGUGUGAUAUCAUAAACGGGGAAGGAAGCUAUUCAAAAGUACUUUGGCAAACAGUACUAAUACAAUCGGUAUACAACGAAAUGUUUUGAUGAACGAAAUAUUUUUGCAGAGUAAAAACAUUACUUCAAUGGAUAUAAUGUUGAACCGGUUUUCAGUUUCUGAUAGCUUCAUGGAAAAUUCGGUUGGGAAACAUGACCCAAAAUGUUAAAAAAUGAUGUAUAUUACUAAACAUGACCAUGUUGAGUUGAGUUCAAAGUGAAGUUUCUUCCGUUGCCUUAAACUUUCUUUGCAUUUCUAACCUUAUGAAAAUUGAUCAAAUCACGAAAAAUGUACAUGAAAAUAUAAUUGGAAAAAAAAAAAAAUCUAUUUGAAAAAUAUGGUUCAAUGGAUCUGUUCAUCUUUUAUAAUUGAUGAUCUGAAAUGAUUUUGUUUUUAUUAUAAACUGCUUGGAAUUAGAUAAGUAAUACAAUGUUGUGUUGCUAUUUGAUAGGACAUUUCGCAAGUUAUGAUUUGUAAAUUAAGGCAUUCCUUUGAUACACCAGUUUAAUCACCUUUGGUUGUGCUCGAGAGAAAUGCUGCUUUUGUAACUGUUUUAUUUAUAGUAGCUAGUUUUUGUUUUUAUUUAUUUUGAUUUACUAUAGAAAGCACUUCCUAAACUGUUCCCCUGUACAAUCCAUCGAGUCGGUCAGACCUUUCCAAACAGACCCCGGGGAAGAACAGGUUGGCUAUUAAUAGCCAAUCUGAAACGGGUCUAUCCCUACGAUUCUGCAUUGUAAGCUUCAUUACUGUUAUAUUGUUAAUUUGUUAUAUUGUUUUUUAAUUAUUUGAUUAUGUAAUGUUAUUUUGUUUAUAUUUAUGCAUUUUUAAUCGUGAAUAAAACCAAACCAAACCAAACCAACGGUUAAGAGUUCUGAGCUGAUCUGGGCACCGUAACACAAAGUUUAGCGAUGAAUAGCAAUUAUGAAAGAACACUUCUGAGUGGUUCCUCGUCAGUAUUUUUCGCCUAUUGCGCGUGUAAACUUGAUCUUGAUUUGUCAGUUCAUUUAGCGAUUGAUAGCUCGUCUUUUGUUACGGAGCCGCUGGGUGGAGUCGGUGUGGCUGGCGUGACUUAACCGAUAAUUUGGAAGAGCAAUUCAGAUUGGUUCCUUGUCAGUCUACUGAGCAAAAUGCGCAUGCAACGAUGAUCUUGAUAGGCCAAUUCAUUUAACGAUUGAUCGCUAACCUUUGUGUUACGGGCCUUACUGGUAGUAUAAUAUUGUAAGCGAAGUUAAGAAGAAUAUAAAAAAAAUGACGAUUAUUAUUGUCGCAUAAAUGGCAUUCCUUUAUUUUUUAUUGCUCAAUAGUUAGACAAUUAAUUCAUGCCAAUGAAGUGAAAACUGAUGGAUGCGGUUUUGAUGUAAGUUUACAAACGAUCACUUUACUAAGGUUUAGAUUUGAGAGGCUCGGCAUAAUUUUUCAGUUUCGGUGCAUGUAAGGUGAUACUUUUUUGCCAAUUGAAAAUUAUCAAAUGCAAUAAUGUGAUGUCAUCAUUAAUUAAAACAAAUGUAAAUUCGUACUUUUUGUGAAGGUGUAAUUGUUUUGGCUUGAAAAUAUUGAUAUGAAAUGUUCUAAAAUUGUUUCUUUAAAAAAAGAAGGAGGAAUUAACUCUUCAACAUUGAUGCACGGUUAUGCAAACCAAGUUUAAUGCAAGAGGUGGACAUAACAUGUCCCAUAAUUUCGAGGCAGAACUAAAAUAAGGGGUAAAAAUGCUUAUGCGAGUACAAUGAUUAUAGCAAUUAACGUCGCUUUUUUUAAUACUAAAAAACGGCACUUUUUACGCAAUAUGCUUCUAUUCUAUGCAUGAAAUUGAUGUUCUCGCCAAUAGAAAGUUUGCAGAACAUUCAUUGCAAAAAUUGAUGCUUGCAAACUGGGAACCAUUUCAUUAAAGUCGAUAAGUUGGGUACCUUGUGAAAAGGCAGAGUCCUGUGUUUUGGGCGGGAAUCUUGCAAGCGGUCUUUCAUUACUAGCUCUCACACGUCAUUACUAGACAAAGACAAAACAAUGUAAUACAUAGACAACAAAAUGGGGUAGGCAGGAAAACUGCUAGGAAAAGACGCAACAAGCCUUUUUUUAGUGGCAUUCCUGCUAAAAGACGAGGAAUGCACAGACCCGUCCUCUGACAGCUGGCAGAGUGGCAUUCAGAUACAUUUGAUUCUUAGUCAAUUAAAAAUGAUAGUUGUCAGAUAUGCCAGCUUGUUUCGGACACCCGUUGAUGUUUGAUGAAAAUGCUCCCGGACACAUUGUGCUGUUGAGUCAUUAAUUGAUAAUAGCUUAUAAGUAGUACAUGGAUACCAGAUAGCUAAGCUACAAGGCAAGAAAUGACCAGAAAUCGGUUCAGUCAUUAUCAUCAUCAUGUUGCACCAUAAAUAAUACCAAACUUUAGAAUGGAAAAAAACAGAACAAACAAAACAAUCCUGCAUUCAGUUUUCAUUUGAUAUUCAGCUAAUCACUUAUUCUGAGCUGCAGUUGAAGUCGGGAGGUAAUAUUUUUCCAUCAGUACUUGUGUACCCGACGCCAGAGGGCAGUAUACCGUAGCCAUAACUUUUUAAUGAAUAAAUCUAAGGGAAUGACGAUAUAACACGGUUUAUUUAGUCAGACUAUGCCUCAUGAAUAUUCAAGGAAACAUGACAAGUUACGAUGUAGCGUAACUUCCUGUCCAUCAAUCAGCUAGAAUGUCUGUUUAAAAAAAGCCCAAUUUUUCCCAAUGUUUGCGAUGGCGCCUGAUAAGGCCAGAUUGAUCCAUUUUUUCAUUGGCUUUUUGUCCCGAGUCAUGUAAAAAUGAAAUGCAGAAUUUGUGGUAAGAAAGAUAUGUUUAUGUGCCUAAGAUAUAUGCUAUAUGUAUGCUGGUAGUUGAAUAAUAAAUUCUUGUCAU